GUACACAUCAAGCAUUUUGUAGAUAAAAGAGAAAAUUAUAUAUAAAUUAUAUUUAAUUAUUUACAUAUCUCGCUUAUAAACUGGAAAGAGACUUGGAGUCAGGCCACUUAGGGGCUUAUAAGUGUUGUAGGUGUCGUGUACAAUAUACUAAAUUAUUAUUAAAUGUGUACUGAAAAUUUUGAAUUAUUCCGAUAGCUCGGGAGGCUCUCGAUAAUAAAAUAAUAAAAAUAAUAUCUAUUAAUGCAUGGUCGUCUAAUGUCACGGCAAUAGCAUGUCGAUAAUGUCGAUAUAGGUCUACAAUAUCAUAUAUAUAUUAAAAACAAAAAUGGUCAACAUUUAUAUAUUUUUAACAUCAAGAGAAGGCAGCCUGGCAGCAGCAGCAGCAGUGGGCCAGCUGACGAAUUUAUUUAAUAGUUUUAAUGGGAAACACGCAGCACGCUACAGUACGAUAAAUUUUCCAAAUCUUUGAGUAGCUCUCAAAUACUUUUUUAUUUUAAAAAUUGUUCUAUAAGCUUGUACGUUUUUAUCUUACUAUCUUCUAUCACAAUGUCCAUCAUCAAGAUCAAUUAUGCCUAAAUAGUGAUUACUAAAUUGCUGAAAACAUUUAGUUUGUUAUUGUUUUAAUAUAAAUGGUAAUCAAAUUAACUAAAUAAUGAAUGAACAAAAUUGUUCAUCGGGAUUACAAGUCCAGAUGGCCAUUCCGUUACAUCUCCAGAGACUGGAAAGAAGUUUGAAUGUACAACCAUUUUUAUCUCAAGUCAAUCAUCUUUUCCAAAAUAAUUUACGUAACGAGAAUUACAACGACGACAAUGAUGACGACGAUGAUGAUGAGGAUAAUUAUGAUGAUGAUGACGAGGAUGACAAAUCUGUAUCUUCAGAUUCUUCAGAUGGAUCUGAUAAUUAUGCAAAUAAUACAUUGAACCACAAAGAAGAAGAAAGAAUGAACAAAUUGAGACUGUAUAAUAUGUCGAAAAUUGGUGACGAAAGAAGAUGGCUUCAAGAUAUUUUAUUGUCAGAAUCAGAUACUGAAAGUAUAUCAGUUUCAGAAUCAUCAGAUACAGAUGGACCAAUAACAGAACAAGACUUUCAAGAUAUGUUAAAAUUUCAUAUACUUAGAAAAAAAUAUCAAGGACGAUUUUAUCAAAAACCUGAAAAUAUACAAUAUCAAUAUUAUGGUGCUGGUUUGUUAUCAAGUUGUGAUAGAUUUCCAGAGCAUCAAAUGCUCAUUGUUGGUAAUAGAAAAAAAAAAGAAAAAAAAUUAGAUAAAAAAAUAACAAAAUUUAAAAAAGAAAAAAAUAUUAAUCAUAAUCAUAAUAAAUCAUCAUCAUCAACAGCAACAACAACAACAACAACAACAAAUAUUUGUAAUGAGCAUGAUUAUCCAGAUAAUAAUGAUUGGGGAUUAAUAAAUAAUAAUACUAAUAAUAUGACAUUAUUAUCUGAAACAUUAUCAACAAUAGCUAAAACAACAACAACAACAACAGCUACAACUGCAAUGACAACAACUUCAACAUCAUCAAUUAAAAAUAAAAAACAAGAUCAUGAACUUGAUGAGGCUGAAUUACAAGUAAUAAUACGUCAUCAACAACGUUCACGUAAUCGUAAAAAGCAUAAUAAUAAAAGUCCUGAAAUGAUGGCUAUUAGAAGACGAAAAAUUUGGAUAAUGAUGUCUAAAAAAGAAUUGGGUAAAAUUCAAAGAGCAAAAAUAAAUAAUCAUAAAGAAAUGUUGAUAAAUUGUAAAAAAUUAUCACAAAAUUGUAUUAAAUAUUGGCGACAAAAAGCCAUGCAAUCACAAAAAAAUAUGAAAGAAACAUUGUGGCGGGCAAAACGAUUAACUAGAGAAAUGCAAUCAUAUUGGAAACGUUAUGAUAGAGUUGAAAGAGAAACUAGAAGGCGAUUAGAAAAAGAAGCUGAAGAGCAACGUAAAAUGGAUGUUGAAUUAAUAGAGGCUAAACGUCAACAAAGAAAAUUAAAUUUUUUAAUAACACAAACAGAAUUAUACGCUCAUUUUAUGUCCAAAAAAUUUGGUAAAGUAUCACCAGAAGAACAAUUACGUAUAUUAAAUCAAUUAGAUGAAGAAAAAAAUCCACGAUUAAUUGGUAUUGAUGAUUACGAUAGCGAAUUAAUAAAACAAAAAGCAAAAAAAAAUGCAACUGAUGCUUUUAAUUAUGAAAGAGCACGUACCAAACAAUUUGAUGAUGCUGCUGUAAAUAUUAAUAGUAAUAAUACAUUAUCGUCUUUAUCAUCUUUAUCAUCAGUUGUUGAUAAAGAAUUAAGAUUAAGUGAUACACCUGAAAAUCUUGAACAUCCUCAACCAUCAAUAUUUAAAGGUAAUCUUAAGGGUUAUCAAUUAAAAGGUAUGAAUUGGCUUGCUAAUCUUUAUGAUCAAGGUAUAAGUGGUAUAUUAGCUGAUGAAAUGGGCCUUGGUAAAACAGUUCAAUCAAUAGCAUUUUUGUGUCAUGUUGCUGAACGUUAUUCAGUAUGGGGUCCAUUUCUUAUAAUAUCACCAGCAUCAACAUUACAUAAUUGGCAACAAGAAAUGGCUAGAUUUGUUCCUAAUUUUAAAGUUGUACCCUAUUGGGGUAAUCCACAGGAACGUAAAAUAUUAAGACAAUUUUGGGAUACUAAAGAUUUACAUACUAAAGAUGCCUCAUUUCAUGUUGUAAUAACAAGUUAUCAACUUGUUAUCACUGAUUAUAAAUAUUUUAAUAGAAUAAAAUGGCAAUAUAUGAUUUUAGAUGAAGCACAAGCUAUUAAAAGUACAAGUAGUAUGAGAUGGAAACUUCUUUUAGGAUUUAGUUGUCGAAAUAGAUUAUUACUUAGUGGUACACCAAUACAAAAUAGUAUGGCUGAACUUUGGGCUCUUCUUCAUUUUAUAAUGCCAACUUUAUUUGAUUCACAUGAUGAAUUUAACGAAUGGUUUUCAAAAGAUAUUGAAAAUCAUGCUGAAAAUAAAACAGGAAUUGAUGAAAAACAUUUAUCUAGAUUACAUAUGAUUUUAAAGCCAUUUAUGUUGAGAAGAAUUAAAAAGGAUGUUGAAAAUGAAUUAUCUGAUAAAAUUGAAAUAAUGGUUUAUUGUCCAUUAACAACACGACAAAAAUUACUUUAUUCUGCAUUAAAACAAAAAAUACGUAUUGAAGAUUUGUUACAUUACACUAUUGGUUCUAAUUCUGCUAAUUCAGGAACUACUACUAAUUCUGGAAAUAGUCUUAAUAAUAAUAAUAAUAAUAACAAUAACAGCACUAGUGAUGCUAGUGCUAGUGCUAGUGCUGGUGCUGGUUCUAGUGCCAAUACUAUUAUUAGUAAUAAUAAUAAUAAUAAUAAUAAUAAUAGUAGUAGUAGUAACAAUAAUGCUAAUAGUAAUAAUGCCUGUGCCACCAAUAGCGAUAAUCCACCGUUGUCGUUACCCCUACAAAAUGAUAAAAAUUUUACGUCAAAUCUUAUGAAUCUAGUCAUGCAAUUUCGUAAAGUUUGCAAUCAUCCAGAACUUUUUGAACGUAGAGAUGCUAAAUCACCUUUUUUUAUAAAAUCUAAUGAUUAUCAAAUACCAAAAUUAAUAUAUCAAAAUUUACAGGAGCUAUCUAAUUCAAUAUCAUCAAAAAAUCAUUUAUUUUAUAAUAAAUUGAACAUUUUUAACACUGAUUAUAUAAAUAAAUCUAUAUAUCAUAAUAAUGAUAAUUUUUUUUCAUUUUCACGGUUUAUAAAUAUUUCACCUAUUGAAAUAUAUAGAAUAUUUAUAUUUGGUAUUCUAUAUAGACUUUAUCAUGGAACAUUGAUUGAAUAUGAUUUAAAAAAAAAAAAAUAUUGGCAAGAUUUGUGGAUCGAUGACAGUGAUAAUAAUUUUAAACAAUCUAAAAAUAUUAUGUUGAUUAUUAUAACAACACCAUUAUUAUUAUUAUUAUCAACUAAUGAUGAUGAUAAUAAUAAUAUUAAAACCGAUAUUGUUUUUACUAAAAAAAUAUUACAAGGCGAAGCUUUUUAUACUCAUACUACUCAUUCGAUCCAUUCAAUUCCCGAGACAAUGGCUCAUCGGAUACUAAGAAGCACCAAACACAUUUCCAAUAGUUCAAUUAAAUUAAAUUCAAUCCGUUCAACUCAAAGUGUUAUAAAAUCACAAGGGUUAUCUGAAGAAUCAAAGUUUAUACUUUUACCAGAACAUCGACAUAAUCAACGGCCAUCUAUAAAUAGAAAAUAUCAAUCAACAAAUAUUCCACGUUUUUUGUGUGAUACUAAUUUAAAAGUUAAAGCUAGUCCGAAAAAAUUAUAUGUAAGCAGUAGUUCUGCUGCUUAUGCUUGGAAUAGACACGAGACUUUUGGCGGGCCCUUUGGACAAAAUGUUAUUCGUAAUGGUUUUGAAAAAGCCAUUAAAUUUAAUAACAUUGAUGUUGAUACCUUUCAGACAACGUUUAUAUCUCAAAAAAAUAUACAUCAUUCACAAGAGUCAAUAAUAUACUUUUCUCAUCAACCAUUGGGAGGUUUAUCUGCAUGUACACCUAUCACUGGUUGGUCCAAUAUCAUCGUUCCAGACAAACAAACUUUGGUAACAGAUGCAGGAAAACUUACAGUUUUAGAUAAUCUUUUACGUCGCUUAAAGGAACAGGGUCAUCGAGUACUUAUUUAUUCUCAAAUGACUAAAAUGAUUGACCUACUUGAAGAAUAUAUGUAUCAUCGUAAACACACAUUUAUGCGAUUGGAUGGAUCAUCAAAAAUAUCAGAUCGUCGUGAUAUGGUUGCGGAUUUUCAAAAAAGGGCUGAUAUAUUUGUUUUUCUAUUGAGUACAAGGGCUGGUGGUUUAGGAAUAAAUUUAACAGCCGCAGACACAGUAAUUUUUUAUGACAGCGAUUGGAAUCCAACCGUUGAUCAACAAGCUAUGGACAGAGCUCAUCGAUUAGGUCAAACAAAACAAGUUACUGUAUAUCGGCUUAUUUGUAAGGGAACUAUCGAAGAGCGAAUACUACAGAGAGCUCGAGAGAAGAGCGAGAUUCAACGUAUGGUAAUAAGUGGUGGCAACUUUAAACCAGACACUCUUAAACCAAAAGAAGUUGUAUCUUUAUUGUUGGAUGAUGAAGAGAUUGAAGCUAAAUACAGUCAACGGAGCGGAGAGAGAAAAGAGUACACUGAAGAUUCUCGAAUUGAUCAAAGUAUACAUCAUAAGGAGAGAGACCGGAAGAGGAAGUUAACCGCGCUUCCGUUCAAGGAUGCUAAAAAAACCUGUUUUGAGAGUAAUUCUAUUGAAAAAGUGGAUACUUUAAGCACGGCAGAUGCUAGCAACAAGCUACCCAAUUCUUCUAUGACUACUACUACUACUACUAUUACUCUUACAACAACAACGACAACAACAGCAACAACAACAACAAUAGCAGCAGCAGCAACAACACCAACAACAACAACCAGUGCUACUAAUACUAGUAAUAAUACUGGUACUACUAUUCCUAUUAUUACUACUGCUACUACUAUUGCUACUGCCACUAUUCACACGACAUCGACAACAGCAAAAACAAAUGAUUUGUCGCAGUCAUCGGACACUAUUGAAGAUUACAGUACUGUUAGUCCAGUUAAAUCUGAGGAUGAAACAAGUAAUGAAGAUCUCGUAGUUGAUGUUGACAAUAAUUCAACAUCGGGAUCCAGUAAAAAUAGUUAUUCACCUCAAAAAGUUUCUCGGUUUAGUCAUCAUUUGAGUUACGGUAUAGCUUCGAGUGGAAUAAGAAUUCGCCCGUCGUCAAUGAGAGGUACCAGCAAACGUGGUAGGCCUCGAGGUUCUCGACGUGGUGGAUCUAUUGGUGGAAAAGGUAGAGGAUUUAUACUUCAUCCGCCAGUUAAAACAUCAAAUGCUGUUGGAAUUUCACAAUCUUCAUUAUCUUUACCCCAAUCAUCAUCUGGAGAUCAGACUAUUGCUCAACAAGGAAUUUAUGGAAAUAGUUGUGAGGGUGAUAGCUCACUGAUAAUAAGUGGAAAUUCACUGGGAUCUGAAGUAGCCGUGAACCAAACAUUAACUGGACGAGGUUCAUUAUCAAUACGUAGAGGACCUGGACGACCACGAUUACGACCUGCUGGACCUGGUAAUCAAGGACACAGAAUACCUGGACAUCAUCACAGCAAAAAAAUUCAACGUCCACUACCUGUACCUUUAAGUCAUAAUCAAUUAUCAAGUGUACAAAAUAAAUCAUCAAAGAAUUUAAUUACAUCUUCAUUGACGACAUCAUCAUCAUCAUCAUCAUUAGCAGCAGCAACCUUAGCAUCAGUAUCAACAUCGACAUCAACGUCAACAAUAACAUCAGCAUCGACAUCUUCAAAGGUGACUUGCACAUCAGAAUCACGACCUUUUGGAUUUUACACUCAACAAAAGUCGGUAAAUCAAGAUCACCAAACGUAAUUAAUCAUAAAUUAACAGCAAUAUGUCCAUAUAUUAUGUAUAAAAUUAAUUAAAUAGGAAUUUAUAUUAAAACUAGAUUAGUGAUAGUUUUGUAAUUCAGUUGAUCAAAGAAAUUUAUUAUAUUAUAAUUAUGAUUAUUGAUUUGGGUUCGAUAAAAGUUAUAUUCAAAAAAGUAAUAAUGAAUAAAAAUUUAAUUUUUUCUUUAAAAAAAA